UGAGUCUCAUAGCAAAGGGUCUGAAUACUUAUGUAAAUAAGGUAUUUAUGUUGUUUUAAAAUAUGCCUAAAAACCUGUUUUUUUAGGUCCUCAUUAUGGGGUAUGACACAUUACUAUGGUAUAAUCAAGCAUGACCCAAUACUAUGGCAACACUAAGCAUUAACUAUUACUAUGACGUCACCAAGCAUGACGGAUUACUAUGGCAACACCAAGCGUGGCAGAUUACUAUGGCAACACCAAGAGUGACGGAUUACUAUGGCAACACCAAGCAUGACAGAUUACUAUGGCAACACCAAGCAUGACAGAUUACUAUGGCAACACCAAGCAUGACAGAUUACUAUGGCAACACCAAACAUGACAGAUUACUAGUGCUCAGGAAGAAUCAUUAUGCUUAUAUGGGGAAACAGGAGUGAAAAAUGUAGAGGAGAGGUGAUUAAGGGAGUGGGAACAGGUGUGGAGGGAAGGGGUGUGGCCUUUGGUAAUUGGAGGCAAUUAGUGUCAGGUAUGUAGGAGUGCCAUAACCCUUCACAACAGUAAGUGUUGAAGAUAAUGGACCUAUGUAAUUAGUGCUGCACUCUCAUGGAAGCCAAUUGAGAUUAUAUAUUAUAUUAUAACAUUGGCUUAGCUAGGUUUUUUUUUAACAAUUACUAUUCUAGUUUAUAAUGUACAUACUCAUAUUCAGGUCUAAGUCUAGAAAUAUUGUCUGUACAUUUUUCUGACAUUGUUUUCGUUUGUUUCUAAACUCCGUUACCCACUAGUCAGCAGCAGGCGAUGUGAGUCUUUCAGGUGGCGCUUCUUGGGUGACGUAUAAUCUAGUGGACGGGACACAUCUUCAACAACAACAACAACAACAAAGCUACCGAUUCAACCCCUUCGGCAGCUUGCUAGCCAACAUAAAACCGAAACAUUGAAGUUCUUUUUAAACACAAUCCUGUUAACGUAUAUACCAGUUAACUUAAAAGUAAUUUGCUUGUUCAAUUUGUUGAAAUUUUUACUCAGCCUAGCACUAAGCUAGUCGCUAAUGCAAACUAGCUAACAACCCCAACCAUGAGCUCACUAAACUAUUCCUCCCCUGCUAAAGAAGAUGAUGUCUGCUGGGCGGAGAGAGAAGCUCUGGGGCUGAACAUUGUCGUGAAAGAGGAGGAUAUUACAGUAAAAGGAGAGGAAGAAGCUUCCAGAACGAUAAAGGAGGAAGAUCAUGUUACAUUUGGAGUGGAAGAGGGGAUAGAGGCUGUCACCGUGGAAGAGGAGUGGGUAGAAGAUUUCAGAAUAAAAAAGGAAGAGGAUGUUAUAGUGAAAGAAGAGGAAGCCUCCUCUUCCACGCUAGAAAGUUAUAUCUCAAUAAAAGAGGAGGAAGACGUUUUGGGAGUGAAAGAGGAGGAGGAGACUGAAAAAGAUCUGAUUAACACCAGAGAGAGACCACACUCUCACUCUGACAGCAGGAAGAGUACUUCAGGGGAACAAGACCUAGAGACGCCCAAACCAGUGAGACCACACCAGUGUCCCCACUGUGUAAAGAGUUUUAAGUGGUUAUGUUACCUAAAAGAACAUGAAAGAAUACACACAGGAGAAAAGCCUUUCCAAUGUUCCCAGUGUGAUAAAAGUUUUACCCAAUUAGGGAGCCUGAAAAUACACGAGAGAUCACACACAAGAGAGAAACCUUACCACUGUUCCCACUGUGAAAAUACUUUUUUCUCAUCAGGGGACCUGCUAAAGCAUAAAAGAAUACACACUGCAGAGAGGCCCUACCGAUGUUCCCAGUGUGGAAAGAGUUUUAUCCAGUUAGGGAACCUGAAAAGGCAUUUGAGAACACACACAGGGGAGAAGCCCUACCACUGCUCAUCCUGUGAAAAGAUAUUUACCCAGCUAGUGAACCUAAAAAGGCAUGAGAGGACACACAAAGGUGAAAAACCUUUCCAAUGUUCCCAGUGUGAAAAGAGUUUUACAGAGUUUGGGAGCAUGAAAAGACACGAGAGAAUACAUACAGGGGAGAAGCCUUACCACUGCUCCCAGUGUGAAAUGAGAUUUUCCUCAUCAUGGUGCCUAAAAUCACACAAGAGGACACACUCAGGAGAGAAGCUUUUCCAAUGCUCUCAGUGUGUAAAGAGUUAUACCCGUUUAGGGGACCUGAAAAGACAUGAGAGGACACACACAGGAUGAGCCUCAUCACCGCUCCCAGUGUUGCAAGAGUUUUAUCUGGUUAGGGAGCCUGAAUAAUACACUCUGAAGAGAAGCUUUACCACUGCUCCCACUGUGGAUUUAAACUUACAUGGUUAAAGCAACUGAAAGAGCAUGUAAGUCCACACCUGAGAGAAACGUUAUCAAUGCUCCCAGUGUGGAAAGAGAUAUGAAGUCAAAUUAUAAAAAUCAGACUCAAAAAUAAAUGUGUUUUUUUUAUUUCAACACAUGACCUGAAUAUGGAGUAUGUCAGAAAGAAUGUAGAUGUUCUGUGAUUAAAUUGCCCAUUUUAA